GAACCAGCCGAACCAAGCCAAGUAGUAGUCGCAUAUGUUUGAGCAGUUCGCGUUCUUGCUCAGUGUUCAUCUUAUAAUCAUUCUUUUUAACAUUUUUCCGGUUCGGGUCUCUCGGUAAAAAUUUAAUGGCAGAAAAUAAAUUUUAAUUUAGCGUCAGGUGCGCGCUAGCCCGGCCAAAUGGCAAGGUACGGCUCCGAUCCCGGCGCUGUGCUUCAGGAACUUUUGAAGGCGGCCAGCGGCGAACUCCUCAUCAACACGCUCAAGUCCAUUGAUGGAGCGAAGGACUUGGUCAUUGAACCGGACCUCAUCCACCCGAUGGACCAGGUUGCGAGCGUGGGGCGCAUCAAGAGCCAGGGUGGCGUGGACAAGAUCUACAAGCUGGAGGCCAGAGGACCUACCUGCCCCAGCGGACGGUGCGUCUACCUGGUGCGUGCCACGGUGCCCAACGUCAAGCUGAUAGCGGACCACGUCAGCCUGGACAAACAGCGCCAGAGGCACUGCGCCUACCACAUUGUCUGCAUCCCCAGAGCGGUGCCCGUGUGCGAGCAGGUGCUGGAGAGCGAGGGCGUUCUGGGCUCGGUGCAGCUGCUUGACCUGCCCCUGGGGCUGAUCCCCCUGGACACGGACCUCUUCUCCCUCGAGCUGCCGGGCUUCUUCCCAAAGUUCUUCCUGGAAGGUGACUGCUCGUGGAACUUCCUGGUGGCCCAGUCGAUCCUGCAGCUGGAGCAGCUCUGUGGGCCCAUCACGGAGGUGUAUGGACAGGGGGCCUGCGCCCAGGGGGUGCUACGGCUGAUGAAGCUCUUCCCGAGCAACCCGGCCAAGGUCCAGCAGACUUCCCUGCCACGCAUCACUCACCUCUUCCUCUUUGACCGAGACGUGGACUACGCCAGCGUCCUGCUCACUCAGCUGACCUACGCUGGACUCCUGGACGAAUUCUUUGGCAUCAAGAGUGGGAAGGUGACCUUCGGCAAGGCAGUGACCGGCAAGGACCAGGAUGUGCGGCUCCCCGUCAACAGCUCGGACGUGGUCUUCCGGGACAUCCGGGACUGCCACUUCUCUAGCGUUUUUGCUCUCCUCAAGGACAAGGCCCAGCAUCUCCAGGCACGAUACGACGAGAGGCACGGCAUGAGCAUCGGGGACAUGAAGCGGUUUGUGGCCAACGAGCUCAAGUCGCUGCAGCAGCAGCACAACUCCCUGGCGCUCUACAUUGGCUCGUGCGAGGCCAUCAAGAGCUCCCAGACCAACUUCGAAGGGCAGCUGAGGACGGAGCACAACCUCCUGGAGGGUCUGGAAGUCAGGGAGGGGACCAACUUUAUCGAGGAGUGCAUCCACAGGCAGUACCCUGCGCUGAGCGUCCUACGGCUGUUGUGCCUGCUGUCCCUCACCCAAGACGGUAUCCCUGCCCGAGAGCUCAGGUCUCUCACCCAGCAGUUCCUCAACAGCUUUGGGGCCCACCACCUGUGCACCUUUCAUGGACUGCGUAGGCUGGGGUUGUGCCAGGAGCAGGGGGGUGGGGCUCCGGGAGGCCCCGCCCCCUCCCCUCUGGUAGUCGGGUCCCCCGCCCCCACCCUGGCAAGCAAGGUGGCAGCCGCCAUGGCAGCCCUGCCCAGGGGGACACGCUUCAAUGCCAUCACCAAGAGGCUGAACCUGAUUCCGGCUGAUGCUGGGGACAACUAUGACCUCAGGAGUCCCAAGGACCCUGGCUAUGUGUUCAGUGGCGCCUACGUUCCAAUCGCCUGCAGGCUCGUCGAACAGAUCAUGCAACGGGAAGGCAUCCAUGGCUAUGAGGACGCCCUCAAACUGCUUCCUGGGCCGACGUCAACGUUCACCCUUCCUCAGUCCAGGGGCGCCUCCAGAGAACCUCCUGGUCUGGUGCUGGUCUACUUCCUGGGUGGAGUCACCUUCGCCGAGGUGUCUGCACUUCGCCUGCUGGCCAGGCUCAAAGGUUAUCAGGUCCUUGUGGCGGCCACGGCUACUGUAAAUGGCAACACCCUGCUGGAAAGUGUGAUCCCUAAGGAGCACUGACAGCUGCCCUUGGAUGUGUCGCAUGGUCCUUACUCGCACAGUUAAUUCUUAAAGGCGCUACGCAAAUGAGUUGAGCAAGUAUUACGGGAAUGAAGAUGAGCGUGAAGUGCUUUUCCCAACACAAGUAGUAUUCGGCUUUCACGUUUUGCUCACUAAUGAUGAAUCACACGAGAGUGUGUUGGGAUGGGAGUUUAUGGUGGAAAUCUCCAGGAAAGUGUUCUUUCAGACCAUAAUAAAGGCAACAUGUUUUGGAGUUUAGCUAGGUUUUGUCAGCCUGGGCCGAUGCUAGUGUUGUACGGUGCCUAGCUGCAUUACGAAAGGUCUCAGUUAGACUGCAAGCACGUCGACUGGGACUCACACCUGCUACCUGCAAAUCCCUAUUAGUUUCUGUUGUCAAAUGGACUGGUGCUCUGGAGCUACCAACUCGGCAGGGUGAUGGUACAACAUCGUCAUACUGCAUCAAAUAAAAGUUAUUUUAACACAGAA